CGUUAAGGACGUGUCUUCGUCACCGACACCGGAUGUUGAUCAUUUCACAUCAGCUGUGUCGAAAAACCAAAACACAAUGUGGACUACGGCGACAGUUUAACCUAGUAUACAACGGAAAAAGACAGUUCUGAGAAGGAAAAAAAAGUUGACCGAUGAGAAUAUUCUGACCUGGGACUGAAGCAUUUGGUUGGUUGAUUUGCUGCCUCACCGCCGUCCACAUCAUCAGUUUGUCAUACAUUAACUAAGUGGUUGAGAACAUGGGACGGAUCUUUCUGGACCACAUCGGCGGCACUCGGCUGUUCUGCUGCGCCAACUGUGACACGACGCUGACCAACCGCGCGGAGCUCAUCUCCACGCGCUUCACGGGGGCCACGGGCCGAGCCUUCCUCUUCAACAAGGUGGUGAACCUCCAGCACAGCGACGUGCAGGAGCGCGUCAUGCUUACCGGGAGGCACAUGGUGCGGGACGUGAGCUGCAAGAACUGCAACAGCAAGGUGGGCUGGCUCUACGAGUUCGCCACGGAGGACAGCCAGCGCUACAAGGAGGGCCGCGUCAUCCUGGAGAGGGCGCUGGUGAGGGAGAGUGAGGGCUUCGAGCGGACUCCUUCAGACUCCAACUCUUGAAUCAGCCAGAUGUCUUUUUUUUAUUUCUUGUCCUUUUUUUUUGCGCUGCUUCCCAUCUAGGUUGUCGUUUGUUUAUAUGUUAAAGAGUGCGCAAACUGACGGCAGAAUAGGUCUUUCAACAUGGGCUACUGCAAUUGUCCAACCUCUCUCACUUUGCACAUGCUGUUACCGUGGUUUGGUUUUUAGUUUGGUUUGGUUGCUCUUUGCAAAGAUCAAAUAACACUUGACAUGCUACAGACAUAUUGUUCAAUUUGCCUGCCGGCCCUCUCAUUUAACAUAUACCACGUGCAGAGUAGCACAUUAGUUUUGAUGGUACGUAUUCAAUGUUCCACUGGGAAAUCUAAUAACGAAUGCUUUCCAUGGCAUCCCAAGUGUAGGCUUGAUGUAAGAUAACCAUGUUAAAAGUCAAAGAACAAUUGGUGUUUCUUUCUUUCUAUUUGGUUUACAUUUGCUGAUGAAUAACUUUAACUCUGUACGACUGAAUGUUUUUAAAUUGUGUAACUACAACAAAAUAAAAAUCCUUCAAGGCAAA